CAGAGGGGCGGAGACAGGCGACGGGGCGACCGUGCCUGCCGCCACCGGAACAGCUCAAGAUCCAGAGCCGCCGCCCCCUGCGCCGUCACCGCCCCCGUCUCCCGUGGUGUCCACGCAGCCCAAUCAGCCCGCCGCCGUCGCCGCCGAGCCGGCAGAGCCCGCGCUGCACACAGCCAAAGAACGCGAGUGCUGGCGCCUGUAUCGGCGCAUGUGUGCCAAGGGCGUCGCCGUCUCUUUCGACACCGUGCUCAGGUUAGGAAUCCUGUAUUA